AUGGGAAAAGUAGAUCAAAUUCAAGUUGACACAAGCCCGGAAGAAGGAUGGAAAAAUACAGACUUUAUGGAUUAUCUUACCUCCGUUUCGCGAACACGAGGAGAGGGUCGGGAUUACGGUCAAUCGCAAGAUUUCGAUUGUAUGAACGGAAAACACAAUAUAGCAUUACUAGUUUUCAAACAUAGCACCAAUAAUAUAAAUACGAUCAACAGACUUUAUAAGAAGCAGUAUAAUUGGUUCUAUGGGAAUGUCACAAAUGAAAAAAGUACCUAUCUACAUCUCCGAGUCAAGGCCACAGUAAGCGUGGGUCUGCGGACGACGAGUAAGGAUCGCAUAUUGGAGCGAGAUGCUGGCUUCGUGUCGGGAGGCGAUGAUGACGACUCGUGCUCGGGACCAGCGCACUCCGACGACUCGGGGGUCCGGCUGGUGGAGACCGAGCCACGGGUCAAGCGAUCUCGCACGCCCACCCGGUUACAACCACCUAAGAAACGUAUUCGAUUGAAUUCAAGAGAAGACCUACCGAGCCCUGAGAGUGAUACAUCUGCCAGUCCAUUCAGACCUUGGUCCUUCACUGAGGAGCCGCAGAGAGAACCCCUAUCUUUAGUCAAGAAAGAGACUAGUCUUUUAAGGCAGCGACGGAGGCCACUAGAACCGCCUCCACCCCCAAUCCCUCCACCACCGGGCCCACCAAGAGUUCCUCCACACCCAGGAGUCGUAGAGCCUUACCAAGACAAAUCAAAACCUAGGGAACAGAGGAAUUACAAGAAUAUGACUCGAGAGAGGAGGAUAGAAGCUAACGCGAGAGAAAGGACUAGAGUCCACACUAUAAGUGCAGCCUUCGAUACAUUGAGGCGAUCAGUUCCUGCCUAUAGUCACAACCAGAAACUCUCAAAGUUAUCUGUGUUACGGAUAGCGUGCGCAUACAUUGCGGCGCUGUCUGCGGCGAUAGAUCCUGAGGCUGAUUUGUCGUCAGCAGUGGACCACGUGACGCAUACAAUACACACCGAAGGAAAAUUGAGAAAGAAGAAGGAUGAUGCGUGA